AUGGUAGAAGUUUUUGGCCAUUCCUGGGAAGAUAAGGUGCGAUCUAUUUGCAAGAAGAUUAAAUGCUUUGAGAAUGAAGAUAAGGCUAUUUAUCAGUCUUUAGAAUGUUGGAGCGAGAAUACUUUAAACUUUUUAAUACAAGAAGUUGGCUCUCAAAAAGGACCUGAAGUAUUUCGAGUAGCUAAAAGAACCUUUGAGCUAUACAAUGCUCGAGGAAUUUGGAAUCUGUACCAAGCAGAAAAGAUAAAUUACAGGGUUUUAGCUCAUAUGUAUGACUCUGAUUUUGAGGUGUUUAAACAAGAAGCUUAUCAUGCCUACUUAAAAGAAGCUGGUGAUUCUACUAUUCCCGACAAGUUUUAA